AUGUUCUUUCUUUGCGAUUGCGCCUGCCAGGACAUUUCCUGGAUUUACAGCAUGGCAACAAAGAAAAGACAGACGUUUUUCUCGAUCGCCCCGCAUUUGGGUCUCGUCGCGGCGAAUAUCAUUUAUGUUCUAGUAGGGGCCCAUGUAUUUGUGGCUUUAGAAGGACCGCAUGAGGAAUUCAUUCGAACAGACACUGAGAAAUUUGUCGCUACCGAAAGAAUGGAACUUAUUGAUGCGGUCGAAAACGCUCAUUUGACGAUAAAAAAUGAAACCCUCUUAAAAAUAAGAAUUGACCAAAUAAUGGAUAGCUACACCGAGCGAAUAAUGCACACUUUUUACGAUCCGCUACGCGCAAAUUAUUUUGAGUCAGAGGCGCUUUAUAAUGGUAGUUAUCAGCGGAUGUGGUCCGAUUCCGCGGCUUUAUUGUUCACCUCGACUACCGUAAUCCCUGUUGGUUUUGGGCUAGUAACCCCAAUGACCGGCUGGGGUCGUGCUUUUCUCUGCACAUAUGCCGUCAUUGGCUUACCACUCGCCCUCAUUACCAUGUCUGACAUUGGCAAAUUCCUUAGCAAUCUUGGAUCGGAAGUUGUUAAGAGUGAAGCAAUCUAUUCUUGCACUCUUCUCUUUUUACUCCCAGCUUACCCAAUCCUGUGGGGAAUUAUGAUAAGCUACAUGACAAAAUGCUCGAUGGUCGAUGCAAUAUACUACUGUAGUAUUACAAUUUUUACGAUUGGAUAUGGAGAUAUGACGCCUCCAGUUUCUCUUCCAACGCUACUGCUCUUUAUUGUGUUCGGUGUCAUCCUAGUCACUUUAACAAUCGAUGUCGUGGCAGCAAAUGCUAUUCAUAAUAUCCACUAUUUAGGGCGACAGGUUGGCAACGCCAAGGUGAUUGCUGGAAAAAUGCUGGCGAUGGCCCAGAAAAUCAACAUCAAUCGGGGACUCGAGCUGGGGAUCAGCCAGCUGGGAGCGUUUGCGAAAUUUGGAGUUAUGAUGAGGAUAGAUGGUAAUGGUAAUGGGCCAAAAGCAGAUGUUAGCCCAUCGAUUCAUUCACCAUUGGCUUAUGAUCCGCCUGGUUUAAUGCCAUUUGCAGAUGAGAAGUCGUAUAAGAUUUGGACCGAUUAUCGAUUAUCGUGGAAUCCGGCAAAAUACGAGAAUAUUACCAGCGUACGGUUUGCUGGAGGGGAGAACCAGAUUUGGCGACCGGAUAUUUUGCUUUAUAAUAGCGCCAAUGAAGAUUUUGAUGCCACUUUCAAGUCCAAUGAAGUCGUUUACAGUACCGGGGAGGUGAAUUGGGUGCCUCCCGGAAUUUUUCGAGCUAGCUGCAAAAUGGACAUCACCUAUUUUCCAUUCGAUGAUCAGGCA